ACACAGACUGUCACUCAACCUGCAGUGAAACAAGUGACACUAAUUACUUAAAACGCUCGCAAAACCUAGACAGAGAACUUUUUAAAAAAUCCCAAUUCAGCAAUUUACUUCGCAGCUAUGUGUGAUUUUGAUCUCUCUCAAGCUCUGGACUGCUCACCUGAAGAAGGAAUUGAAUCCACCUGCUUUGACAUGAAGGAGGUUGAAAGUGAGAUCUUCAGACUUAAUGAGGGUUUGGAGCUGAUGGUUUCCCACAACAGAAGGACCAUGCAGAGUGUGGCUCUUUUAGUGCUGGGGGUAAACAGGAUGAAAAAGCCACUUACUCAAAGUGACAGGAAGCUCAGUGAUGAUGAUGUCAUGAACAUCAUAGACAGUGUAGUGAAAGAAACUGUUUGGACUCCCACCAAAGGAACAAAACGAAGGGACUUCCUGCGUGCCAACAGUGAGAAAGCGUUGACACUGUGUGACAACUCUCAGAAAGAUCUUGUCCUGUCAGGAGAGUUACAGCUGCAGGCCAUCACUCUGCAAGGGGGAAAUUGCCACCGCAAAGUGAAUUUUAAAAUGUCAUGGUACAUCCCUUUCUCCGUCCCUCCUGGUGACUCUCCUGGUCUGAUUGUCGUCCUGUCUAUCAACAACAACCUGUACAUGUCUUGCCGCAUGGAAGAUGAUAAAGUUGUGCUGUUUCUGGAGCAAUACCAUGAUGACAUUUUAACCGACAGAGACAUGGAGCGAUUUCUCUUCUACAGGAAAACCACUGGAAUUUCUCUAACCACUUUUGAGUCUGUCAAGUUCCGCGGCUGGUACAUCAGCACUUCCCAACAGGAAAACCAGCCCGUUGAACUGUGUAAGGUGGAUGCUGCCAGCCGUCUUACAAGCUUCAGAGUAAACUAAAAGAUGUUGUAGGACCCGAGCAUCCGCAUGAUUUUUGACAUAAUCACUAGAUGAAGCAAUUAUAUAUAGUAAUGCCUGAGUCUGUAGUGGCAAUGUUCUGUACUUAUUCAAGUAGAAAAGCUAAUGAUCUAGUGUAACCUAUCAAAAGCACUUUUACUUUAUAAUACAUUUACUUACAACAUACUUAAAAAGUAAACAAAGAAAAAAAAACUGGAAAACACGAGAAAAUUGUAACAGGAUAUUCCUUAAAACUACUGAUAUAUUUUCUUUUUUUCUAAAAAGCUAUUAUUUUGUAUUUAAGUUUAUGCUAUUGCUGUGGCUUUUUAGCUGUUAAUGUUCUGAUUUAAGUCUUCUGCAGUUUUUUUGUACUAAGACCUUUAGAGGUUAAGCUACGCUAUUUAAGUUAAGCUAUUUUCUGAUAUCUGCUGGUGUUGUGGAUUAAAAAUACUGUUAUGUAUUUAUUUUUUGAAUUUCCUCCUUGUUAGCUUGUAUUUUGUAUUUUUUUAAAACCUCUUUUUGUGAAGAGCCUAUAUAUCUUUAAGAACUUGUAAUGUGUCUUCUCUAACCAGUGUAAGGAUUUUCAGUACCAUAUUAAAACAAAUGCUUUUCCGCCUAUUAAAUUAAUGUAUAUCAAUAUAAAGAACGUUUCAACUGGUAGAUCCAAUGAACUGAGAACAAAAAGUAAAAUUAGUUAACUGUUUGGUAAGAAAUUGGGUUGUGAGAGCCUGCUUUAGGAAUCUGCAAAUAAAUAAUACCCUAAUCUGCUGUACUUCCUACCUAUAGAUCUUCCUACCAAUCUUGGGAUAUAAUUUGGGAAAUUACUCUUCAUCAGCAAUCCUUUCACUUUAGCAUUGUUGUAAUAGCCGCAUUGUGAACUUACAUUAAUGCAUAUUCAUGUCAUAGCUGUUGUAAGCUGAAGGACCAAGUGAUAACUGCUACAUCUGAUUACCUGUGAAUUACAAAUACAUUCAUUUCUUGGAGAAAUGUUGUCUUUGCAUUUAUUCAGGAUUUAUUCAAGACACAUGCCUACAGGAGCCUUUUCUUCAGAAUAAGCACUAUGUAAAUCUCAAGUGAAGGAAAGAAAAGCAUUGUAUAUGAUGGUAUAUGCCUGACAGAGUGAAUUUUUUUUUAAAUUAGGUUUUGUGAAAUUAUAUAUACUGAUUUUGAUUUAUUUGUAUUUUGUUGCACUAUACCUUACAUUUGGUGCCUA